AUAUCUCCGAACAGCUUGUUUCGACGAUCAUUUCAGAUAAAGCAGACUUAUUUUCACAUAUAAGUGUUAAAUUGAUUGAAAGAAGUAAAAAGAAAUUAGGAUAAUAUUCAUCAGACAUGUAUGGAGCAGCAACUUCAGUUCAUUUGGAUAUGUUGAGAAUUUCUCCUCCAACUUAUAGGAGAAACUCAACAGCUUAUUCUCAUAGAAAGAGUUAUGAUUUCUCUAGUAGACGAAACUCGGCAAUGCCGUCUAGAAAGAGUUCAUCAGCAACGGCUGUCUCUAGCCGCUUUGCCGUUCAAGCAACAUCUUUAAAGGAGGAGGAGGACGAGGAAGAAGUGGAAUUUGUUCACGCCGAGCUCGUAGAGAACAUCAAGAAGAGAGUUCCAUGUGGAAAAUGUGUUGUGGAUAGGAUGUUGCUGUGUAUCUGCCCACAGCGACACCGCGGAGAUUUUAGGGCCUUUACUUCGCCAUAA